UAAAACGGAAAGCGUAACCAUAGCGGUUGCACCACAGCUUAGAUAAAGCACAAAGUCAUGUGACUGCAGCACUGAAUUGCGCUCGCAAAGGCUAUGCUUGGCUGUCCCCUUCCUGAUCGUCAACUCAGUCUCUGGCUGAAUGUAAACACCUUGUGCUGCUUUCUUCAAAAAUUAUCUGCACGAGUUUUAAACACAGCCAUGCCAUGGAUACUCUGUGGCAAUAUCAGUUCAGGAUAAUUUUACUGGGGGACUCAACGGUAGGAAAAUCGUCUUUGUUGAAACGCUUCACUGACGGAAUAUACAGCGAUGUGGCGGACCCCACCGUCGGUGUGGAUUUCUACGCCCGUUCACUAGAUAUCGAACCUGGAGUCAAAAUCAAGCUUCAGUUGUGGGAUACUGCUGGCCAAGAACGUUUUAGGUCCAUCACCACCUCUUACUACCGUAACUCGGUGGGAGGCCUGCUGGUGUUCGACCUGACCAACCGCAAGACCUUCGAGCACGUGCGCGAGUGGCACCGCGAGGUCAGCGAGCACAUCCUGCCCCAUCACAUGGUCUACAUCCUGAUCGGCCACAAGAGCGACCUGUCCAAGGAGCGCAAGGUGUCCCGCGCCGAGUCCGAGCAACUGGCCGCCGAGCUGGGCGUGCGUUACGUGGAAACGUCGGCCAAGUGCAACAGCAACGUGGACCGCGCCUUCGAGUUGCUGACGCGUGACAUCUUCGAGCUCAUGAAGAUGGGGGAGAUCUCCACGCGCGACGGCUGGGACGGGGUCAAGAGUGGCCUGACCGCCAAGGUGCUCUACCCGGCGGACGAGGAUGACCUGGUGCCGGGGGAGAGAGAGAAGAGCUGCAACUGCUGACUCGUCUGAGAUUUUGGUUUUGUUUUGUUGGUGGGUUGCUGCCUCUGCGUCUCUCUCUCUCACACACACACACACACACACACAUUUUUUUUUCCUGUCUGUUGUGUGUCCACUUCACACUGCCCUGUACACUGCUUUUUGUGCCAAUGCACGCCCACUCAAACAUACACACGUACACACAUACACACACACACACACACACACACACACACACACACACACACACACACACACAUACAUAUAUACAGUCAUGCCAUGCGUAUGUCUGAGCUUGGGCUCUCUUGCACCAGUGGCCCUUGUCUCGUGACAUCAUCAUACCUGACUUCCUCUGUGUCAGUGUCCAGAGGAGGCAUUCUGUCUGUUCUAGAAUGGGAGACACACAAGAGUUUGUUCAGCCUAAUGUGAUUGGGCUGUGAGAACUGGGACUGUUUUGCUCUGCAAAAUCAGAACAUGCCCUGAACACAGCCCUGUGCAGAAGGAAGAGGCAGACACUGAUGGGAAUGUUGUGAAUCCUGGCUAUACUUUCUCAUACUUUUAGGUUACUGAAUACAUCGUCCACGUAAACUGGCACCAGACUUGUGGACAAUGAUUUUGCAAAUCGUGGUCUGGCUAGUUUCCUGUUGUUGUUCCUAUUGAAUUCUGUCGUUGUGUUAUUUUGCUCUGUCAACACAGUCGUGAGUCUCGUGACCACGCAAUCCAUUUUGAAGGCGGCUCUGGUUUGAUGAAUGAUUAACUCAAAUGCCAACUGGUAUAACUCAUUAUAACCAAGUCCAUUUGAAAAAGACAACUGCUUGCUUCCAUUCUCGUUAGCUAAAAAUAAUGUUUAGCCUUGCAUAAGGCUAUUUAUCUAGUUGAAAUUGCAAAAAAAAAAAAAAGGUUAUAGGCUGCCAAACCAUCUGCCGUGUUUCAAUGUGUGGUGUUGGUUCAGUGGCACAAACACAAGGUCAUCAUCUUUCUCCAGCAGCAGUACACACAGCGUGUUCCACAGGCCUCAUUUCAUCUCUGUCAUUCGGUGCCCUCCGGAGCCUUCAGCGCCUGUGCCGUGCGUCUGAAAGGGCAAUGUCAGCAUAUGUGGGAUCACUUUCAGAACGUCAAGACAAGAGGUUGGCCCCUCACAGUCCUGUCUUAACCAAUUCUCUGGUCCUAUCAAUUAGCCUAUCUAUUCUACAUGCAGCUAGCGAGACUCAGUGUGUUUAUCAUUAUAGACAUUACAUUUUAAUGUAUAUAUAUUUUAUUUUUUAAUGAUAUUGUUUUCACCUCACCUUAUCAUUAGUGUGAUUAUGUGAUUAUGUAAAUGUGAACAGCUCACCUGCUUGGUUAAAAAUGUAAGAUUUCCCCCCAACCCUGUUAAAAGUCUGAAUCAUGAAUUCUUCUUGACCCACAUUCCCGUUGCUGUUGUAUUCACAGACUGGUGAAGUGGGAGGAAAUCUCACAAAAGAGCAUCGCCUGUUUCCUAUUGUGUUUAAAGGCCAGUCAUCAGCUGAUCCUGGCCUCAUUCGCAGAACCGUGGCCCUUAAGGUUAGGUUGAGCAGGCUCUCGCAAACAUCACUCAUAUAAUGACCAGGGCAGUUGGUCAGUGCCUCCUUUGCCCAAAGGUCUCUGUGGUGAGUUGAACACAGCCAUAAGUCCCGUGCAGGCCCUUACAGCGCCUCUAAGCAUUUAGCCGUUAUCACACAUUUAUUCACUGAGCAUCGUCGACCUCUUUGUCUUACACAGAGAAAACGCUUGUGUGUCUAAUUGGCUCCUUUUGUCUGGUCAUGCUUCUGUGUCAAAAUCCAUUGUAUAAACAGAAUUUAGGAUUAUACACUUCACAAAGAAUCCUUGUUCUUGUCUAAAUAGGAACGCUAAAUAAAGUACACAUAUCAUUUUUGUUCUUACCUUUUUGUUCAUUUUGCCCUUAUUUGGGUAUGUUAAGCAACAAGCCCAUCUGUUCUCCAUCUGUUUUCUGUCAUUCUGUGAUGUUUCUAUGGUAUGGCUCUGUGAUGUUUCUAUGGGAUGGCUCUGUGAGAGCCAAAGUCAUAUCUGCUACCUCUGAGGAAGAGCUUGGUGCACACACUAGACACAUUCUUGCGUAAUCAGAUUUUCUCUCACUCUCUGUCCUCCUCAGCCUGCCUCUCUUUCUCUCUGUCUCUCUCUCUCUCUCUCUCUCUCUCUCUCUCUGUCUCUCUCUCGUUGUCUCGUAUCUCCACUCACCAGCAUAACACUAUGACAAUACACACACAAGCAUUGUUAUGGACAGUGUGAGAUUGCUUUUAUAAUAAUCAUGGCUCAUGAUUUUGGAGGCCAAGGCAAUACAAUAUUGGGGUGGUGUGGGCAACAUGUCAUAUUUACAUCGAAAAACAACUGUUUCUAUGGUUAAUCAUUCCAAAGCUACUUCAAAGAUUACACAAUUAUACAUAUUGUAUAUAUAACCAUAGGUGGAAAUUGUAUUAUUUUUUAUCAUAAAUACAUGAGAAAAAGGUUGUUCUACGUAAAUCCAUAGACCACUGACCAGUCUAUAGCCAAUAUCUGUACUUUUUCAUGUCACUUUUAUCUAUUCUUUGUGUGACAAUCAGAAUGGAUCCUGCUUUCAUCGUGUUUUAAUAGCAAAAACAAUCCUCUCCUUCAGGUGCCAAAUGUCCUUUAAAUGUAAGAGUGAUCAAGGAGGAGAGAAGGCAGAGAAAGAAAGAGGGGGAGGGAAAGAAAGAGGGGGAGGGAAAGAAAGAAAAAAAGAGAGAAAAAAUACAAAACCGCUGCUUUACAUAACUGAGCCAGAAACAAACCAUCCUCAGCUGCCCCGCUAGGCUGCAUUGUUAUUCUCAUGUACAGGGUUAAGUUUGUACAGAUAUUUAUAUUAUUAUUGUAUUAUUUUAUUUUUAUUUUUAGGCAUUGCUUAUAGACGUGCUGUACAGUAGCCAAUAUAGUGUGCAUGCAACAUGUUCCACCAGGUACCAGGGCCACUACGCUACAUGUUCACAAGCAAUGCUCUUGUCUUCUGGAAACAGAGCAGAUGUUUAACACACAAGGAUAUAUGGACCUUAAGAAAUGUAGACCUGAAGAUAUAUGUGCAAAAGCAAAAGCUGACAUUGUUAUCUUUGCGUUGUUAUCAAACAUGUUUGAAGGUGAUGGUGGGGGAUCUUUGGUUGGGUCGGCAUCACUGGGGCAGGAGCACAAAUUCAGACAGGAGUAAUGAUGACACUGACUGACUGGAUAUAUCUCUGUGAUAGCUUCACAAUGAAAAAUACUAAUAACUAGAAAUACUAAUUUUAGUCAUUGUGAUUUAUCUGUAGGAACAACAGACAGCUAAUAUAAACAUAUGAUAUAAAAUACUCAUUCCUUUUUAACAGUGGGAAAAGCAAAGAAAUGUUGUAUUCCCACAGGAUGAAUACUUCUAAGUUGAUCUAGGGCAUGGGUGACUUCAUAAUCUCAUGCAGUCUCAGUUGAGAUUAAACUGUGCCCUAGAAUCUAGUCUGAUCAGCAACAACCUGAUCAGUUUGGCAAUUCAGUUUUCUCUCUCUGCUUUGAUGCAAGCUUGCCCAGACAUUUAGUUUGAUUUAAAUAUGGUUUGUGACUGUAAUUAUUUAAAACCCACUUCAGCUGUUUGAAAAAGAAAAAUGUGCCAAGCACUCUGGUGCCCCUUGUGGUAAGAAAUAAUAAUAGCAAUCUGCCUUUGACUUACCAUUUGGUAAAGGCUGUGAAUUGCACUAUUGUGACAGGGUGUAUAUGAAAGUGAAAUGUUCCUCUGAAUGACUUGUCAAUUCAUUGUUAUUUGUCAGUCACCAAUGAAAUUAAUAACAACCCUGUAACAUGAUCUAAAUAUACUGCUUUACGAGUUGAAUGUAAAGAGUGGAUCUGAUUAUUGUUAAUUAUCAUUAUUUGCUGUUUAAAAUAAUAUGAGAUUGAUUGUACUGUGAUUGCUCUUAGCAGAACCUUCUGGUUACUUCCUGGAAAACACACGUGUUUAUUUUUUACCCUCUACAGCUGAUCCAAAGGAACAAACAAACAAACACAAACAUGUUGCUUGCAAGCACUAAACUGAUCCCACAAUGUACACAAUUGUCAUUUAUAAGCAGUCACUUCAUCACUUAACAUGCUAAACUUUGAGAGCAUUGUGAGAUAUGUGAUUAGCUAGCGUUAACACUUAAUGGAGUGAAAUCUUGCCAGUGACCGUUCAAAAGGACUGAUCCAUUAUGUUGGUAAAUGUCCUGCUCUCUUUCACCAUCUCCCCUUUCAAAUAAAGUGUGAACCUCAGGGGUUCAACACAACCCUUAUGGUGGUUCAAACACAUUCAAUGUUUACAUGCCAUAUGGUCAAAUAAAAGUAGCCUAAAAACAA